AUGAUAUACGGAACGUCGACAAAACUCCGGGAUCUACAGUUGAAAAUUAUAGACAACAUAAACAGUAAACCGGUAUCGAUCGUGUACCGCAACGAGCGCGUUCCCAACGUAUACGACCGCGUAUCCCGACCGUUAAAGUAUACAAAAGAUCCAGACGUCAUCGUCACCGAUAACAAACCCGAAAAAAUGGACACGUCCGAGCCGCGGACAUCGGAAAAGAUGGACACGUCCGAGCCUUCGGUUUUUUCUAACUUAGUUUUUAGACCCGAAGGCGAGGACGGCGAGUCUCUGCGCGUGAUCUCUAAACCGACGACGGCGUCCCGGCAAAAAGUCGUAGACGUAUGGAUGAAUCAGGUACGCGACGUCCAAUCGUUAUUGGACGAUCGCGAAUCGGAUCUCGAUGAAAACAUAUCUAGUGUACGUAAUAUAGAAAAACAGUUAAACCCUAUGAUCAGAGAUCGUGUCGAUUUACAGUUCGAAAAGAAUAAAAAUCUAGACAAAAUAAACGUCCAAUUACACGAUAACGUAAACGAAUCAUAUAUCGAAGAACGGUUACAGUUGCAGGCCGCCGAACUUUUGAAAAAGCACAAACGAGAGUUGGCCGAAAAUGAAUUAAAAAUACAACUAUUGGAAAAAAAGUUAAACGAAUCGAUAAAGAGUACGACGUCGUUCCGGAAGCAAAACAUUUCUUUAGAGCAGACGUUAAACGAACACGUAAUCGAAUCCAAUCAAAUAUUGAAGGACUUGCAAAAAAAACUAGACGAUCGCGAACAACGGAUAACGGACUUACGGUCUAAACUAAAAGAAACUUCGGUGAAUCUACACUCGUUGGAAAACAGUCGGGAAUUGAACGAAGUUGCCCUGGACUCUGAGUUGAUUGAUAAAAACAAAACUAUAAACGAAUUACGGCAUCGAUGUGAUUCGCUGAACCGGACAAUAGACUUGCAGAACAAUGAAACGCAAAUUUUAAUUGCUAAAAUAGAAGAAGAACAGCGUAAGAACAAAGCGCUUGCGACCAGGUUGAACGAAACUCGGAUCGAAAAAUCGGAAAUAGAACAACGUUCCGAAUACGAAUUGAAUCAAUUACGGGAACAAGAGCAGAUACUCAAAUCGCAAUUGAACGAUACGAAAACCCGUAUCGAUGUUUUGGACAAAGAAUUGCAGAAAUCUUCUGAAACUCAGUAUUCGGAACAACAGGCGGCGUUUGCGGUACAGUACGAAAGUCUAAAAAACAAAUACGAAUUGCAAGAAGCGCGGUUGAACAAUGAGAUACGGGAACACAUGCAACAAACCGAAAACGAAGUUCUGAAAAACACGAAAUAUAUAGAGGACCGUAUGAACAAAAAAAUAGAAGAUAUCACGUUACAGAAAGCCGAAUUGGAAUAUAAAUACGCUAUAGCGCUGCAGAAGAUAAAAGAAAACGAAAACUUGGAAGAAUAUCCGGCGGAAAAUGAACAAUUACGCGCCGUUAUUCGUGAAAAGGACCGAGACAUUGAAAACCUAAACAGUGCUUUAGCUGAAUUGAAAAACACCGUACGGGUUAUGAAUACCGACGACGUUUAUCAACAAACCGCGCCCGCGUUCGACGAAUCGAUUGACGUCACCGAACUUUUAUCAAAAUCGCACGAACAAUCGGAACCGACCUCGUCGUCGAAAACCAAAAAAUAUACUAAAAAUCGAAAAUCUCCGUACGUUGUUGUGGAAUCGAAAACAAAACAUGCGCCGACCGCCGUUUCUAACAAACCGUCGAACCGCGAUGGAGACGCGCGACGUAUAUUGCAACAGACCGUAGAUGCGGUCGUCGAAACGGCGCGUACGUCUACGGACGACGGCGAGAUCCAUUUGUACACGGAAACCAAUCCGAUUUCCGUAAACGCAUUGAGAACGCUCGUAAAUAAAUUAUGGACGUACGUACAGGGUUUCGAUCGCGCUACAGACGCUUAUGACAUAAAACGCGAACACGCUGUGAGUUUAAUCAAAUUUAACGAUUUUAAAACAUCGAAUCCAUCGUCCGAAGAAAUUAAUAAUUUCGAACCUACCAUGUUAUUUGAUAACAUGAACAAUGGUGUAUUCGCUUCGACACAAACCCUGUUCGUUAUAAGUCAACACUGGUUGUAUUACGAACCGACGGCUCAGUUUAUACACGCGUGUUACGAGAAAGCGUGUUGGUUCGUUUUGUCCGCGAGUUCGAUCGAUAUGACGGUGAAUCUGAGAGUCGUUUAA